AGUCAGCGUGCAGACAUGGAGCUCUGGAUGGGAUUAUAUCUUGUGAGCUUCCUCAACAUGGCACGUUGUUUGCUCGAAUCAUCCUACACUGUUCAUUUGAACAAACUCUCAUUCGAAAAUGCUCAGAAUUACUGCAAACCUGGAAGUUUCUUGACCAACAUUCCAAAUGAGAAGGAAAUGGACAAGAUUCUGAAAACAAUCUGGGACAUGAAUAACCAAACCACCACGUCAGUUUGGAUUGGACUGAAGAAGGAUAAAGGCAUUUGUGUUGAACAGCAUUUGCCUCUUAAAGGAUUCUACUGGACGGUGGACAACAGCACUCAAUCUGAUGUUAAAACCUGGAAAACCGAACCUUUCGGUACUUGCACAUAUCUUCUCUGUGGGCUGCUUUCAGUGGAAUACAGUGACUCUGGUGCAAAAAGCAAUGGGUUUGUGGAUGCCACCUGCAAACAGGAACAUCCUUUCAUUUGCAAACGAAACGUCAAGCUGGUGUGUCCGCGACCAGAAAUACUCGCCACACAUGAUAUGAUUGAGCAAUCAAAUGAUCCGUACACACGUCAGAUUGUUUGCCUUUCUGGUGCCAGGUUCAAUUUGACAUGCUCCAAAGAUCUAGUCUGGACUCUAGUCGGUGACAAAAACGUGGAUAUAUCGCAACUCUGCCUGGAGUGCAAAAAAGGCUACAGGAGGGAUGCAUCCGGAAACUGUGUGGAUGUAAACGAAUGUAAAGAAUCCAAACCAUGCGAGCAACGAUGCCUGAACACAGAAGGCUCCUACAAAUGUCUAUGUUUGUACAAUGACGAUGGCAUUUGUAAUGGAUCGGCAAAGCCGCCCACCACCAAUCUGAAAAACAGUGAAUAUUCAAACAUAAACAGGGGCAAGUCUGUGCUAACUCAACCUACGUCUCUGCCUGAUGAUGUCAGAAUGAAUGAGACAGUCGUGCCUAUUGACGAGAGCUCUGGAGACAUUUCAAAUAUCGUAGUACCUGUGAUUAUAGCUCUGCUGAUUUUCAUAGUGCUGCUGGUGAUCGUGGCGGCCAUCGUGAAAGGCUGCCUGAGGAAGAGAUCCAUUAAACCGGCCCGGAGGAAGGCGGAGGCUGUGGCUCUGAAUGGAUCCAGCUCCAUGGAGAAGAUGAAUGAAAAAGAGGAAACCUAAGUGGGAGAGACUGUGCAAAUGUAAAAGAUAAUUCAAUGUGACACAUGCAGACGACAGAGGGUGCUUACUGCAAGAUAUUCCUCUCUCAGAACAUUUGGGUGUGAGGUCUGGAGUCAUAAGAGUGCUGUGUAAUUACUGCCUUUGAAUUUCAUUUGCCAUUUUGUCUCACAGUUGAAACCAGGGUCUUUAUUCCAAUGUGGAUUUGGAAAUCCUAUAGGUCACAUCGACGGUAAUUAGAUUUAUGAGAAGCCUUCUCUGUAUUGGUUUACUCUUUCAUAGCUUAUAUUUAAAUGCACCUAUGUGGAGAUGUAAGAACUAUAGAAGAUAUUGUGUUAAUAUUGCAAUUGGAUGUGUUUUCUAAUUAUACAUUUCUAUGUUUCACAACAUGGAAGUUUUAUACGUGUCUUUUUAACUGAAGAGUUAUAGCCAUAAAUAAAGACGGAUGUUUAAGCUGCUGUACGCGGCGGUCGUUUCUUUGAGUACCACGCGUAAAUGUCUUUAUUAUCGAUAUAUAACAAAUAUCGCUGAAAUAGAUGUCCCUUGAGAUCAUAUUUGUUUUUGGGGCUGCUUGUAAACAGCAUUUGACCACUGACGCGUGGCUUCGGUGUGAGUUUAGUCAGGUUAUUAUUGUGCACUUCCGUUUGGUGCCGCGAGAGGCGCUGAAAUCGCUUACAGCAGCUUUACCCUCUCGCUCAGAUUUUUUUGUUUAUAUGAUUGCAGUAUCACGCAGAUGUAUUUUUAAGUGAUUUAAAAUAGACUGUUUGUUCUUUUAUUAAUUUAUAAUAAUAUAUUUUUCAAAACACGUUUAAAGAGAAAAAUGUUGAGUGCACCUUUAAUAAAGAAAAUAGAGUAAUUAUGAUUUAUGUAUAUAUUUCACCGUUCCUAUCACUGGAAAUAUAGCCUAAUUGAAAUUAACCUGUGCCAUGUAAAAAAAAAAAGUGCAGACUCGAACAUUUGCUCAGUUUUUUUUUUUGUGGCAACGUAACACGUUUUAAAGAAAUGUAACAUUAAAUGUUAAAGACUAACAUCGACAGAAUCGUGCUACUCAAAACUUCAAAGACUGCGGUGAUGUUACAUCUGCAUAGCUACUGCACUGCGAUUGGUCUUCUUUCUUGCAUAUAUUUGCUAAUUUAGAUGUCAUGACGAUGCAAGGCGGUUCUGUUUUCAUUUCUGUACACACUGAACCAAAACAUAAAAUCCAAAACCUGUAACACUGUUUCGUUCCUGCUUUGCAAGCACUGCAAGCUUCCUUAGGAAAAUACAACUUUUACCACAUAAUACACUGAGAGUGAAUGAUUUCCCCAGGUUUUAUUCCAUUUCAAAAUAAACAACUAAAUAUUUGGCUUUGGGUAUUUCUUGUUUUUUUUUAUCUGAACGUC